AUGGCAGAAACUAAUGCACCGAGUGAUGCUCUUGCAAAUCUGCAACUAGACGAGGUCACUGGUGAGAGAGUCAGCAAAUCUGAUCUUAAAAGGCGCCAGAAGCAACGGAUAGCAGACGAGAAGAAAGCAGGAAAGGCAGCCAACGCCCCACUUGCAUCACAAAAGAAGAAAGUGGUGGAAGAAAUGGAGUUGACUCCGAAUCAAUACCACGAAAUCAGAAGUCGUGAAAUACGUCAGCGUCAACUUGACGGCUUUAACCCAUAUCCUCAUAAAUUUGAAGUCUUGACUGAUUUAAGGGAUUUUGUCAAGGACUAUGCAGACCUUGGGACUGGGGAAUCCAGACCAGAGAUUGAGAUCCGAUUGGGAGGUCGCAUAUUCGUCAAGAGAGCCUCAGGAUCUAAAUUAGUAUUCUACGAUAUUAAGGAUGAGGGUGUCAAGAUCCAAGUGCUUUGCCAACUACAGAAAAUGGGAGACGAUGCAGACGCCUUCGAAAAGAUACAUGAGCAUAUUCGCCGAGGAGAUAUCGUCGGUAUCGUUGGAUAUCCAGGACGAUCGACCCCUAAGACGCGACCAGAGGGGGAGCUAUCCAUAUUUGCAACCAAGCUAUUACUCCUCACUCCUUGUCUGCACCAAAUCCCGUCAGAGCAUUACGGAUAUAAAGAUCCCGAGCAACGGUUUCGAAAUCGAUUUCUUGAUUGGAGCAUGAAUGACUCAAGCAGAGACGUCGCCCAUAAGCGAGAUUUAUUGAUACGCUAUAUUCGUCAGUUUUUCUGGAAUCUUGAUUUUCACGAGGUGGAAACUCCUAUCCUCAGCGCCCUGGCAGGCGGUGCAACUGCUAAACCUUUUACCACUUACCACAAUGAGCUGAAACGUGAUCUGUACAUGCGUGUUGCGCCAGAGCUUUACCUCAAGAAGAUGAUCGGCGGCGGCUUCAACCGAGUCUUCGAAAUAGGGAAACAAUUCAGGAAUGAAGGCAUUGAUCCUACUCAUAAUCCAGAAUUUACGACCUGCGAGUUUUAUUGGGCUUACAAAGACUACGAGGAUAUCAUGGGCGUUACGGAAGAUCUCGUUUCUGGUAUAGCCAAAAGACUAACAGGCGGAUAUGUUACCAAAUACAACACGUUAGAUGGCAAAGAGUAUGAGGUAAAUUGGGAAAAACCGUGGAAACGCAUCGACAUCAUACCAACGUUGGAGGAGAAGUGCGGAGAAAGAUUCCCACCAGGCGAUCAAUUCCAUACUCGAGAGAGCGGUCGGUUCCUUGAACGCAUGCUAAAGAAGAUGGGUGUCGAUUGUGCACCACCGCUGACAAAUCCACGCAUGUUCGAUGCAUUAAUAGGUGAAUUUCUUGAGUCGGAUUGUGUGCAGCCAACGUUCUUAAUGAACCAUCCGCAGGUCAUGUCUCCAUUGGCUAAAGCACAUCGUAGCAGGCCAGGGCUUUGCGAGCGAUUUGAGGCUUUCGUAUGCACCAAAGAAAUCGCUAAUGCAUAUACGGAAUUGAAUGACCCGUUCGAUCAACGUCUGCGCUUCGAAGAACAGGCUGCUCAGAAGGCUCAAGGAGAUGAUGAGGCACAGCUAAUUGACGAGAAUUUCUGCACUAUGCUAGAAUACGGUAUGCCCCCAACGGGGGGUGGGGAAUGGGCAUCGAUCGUCUUGUAA